AUGUACCACCCACUGUAUUCUGGAACGUGGCUAUUGUCCAAACAACCAAGUUACCUGUUGACCAUUACUCAGCAAGUCGUCGGUAUUCUUCUAUCUAACGACACGGUAAUGCAAUAUCAUCAAGCGAUUAAUUUCGGCUUGAAUAACUCUUGUGCACUGAAGGGAUCACUUAUCUUAGGAAUUCAUACAGAAAAAUGCAUUCUAAAAUUAGGUCAAAGAAUCAUACAGCUCGAGAUAACGUGCACAGACCAAACUGAAACGACACAGACUAAUCGACCAUUAAUGGAGGACAGAUCAAACUUUUUAAGGCUGGAUAAUUCAACAACAAGAAGACAAUGA